AUGAAGGAGACCAAGGUACUGGAGGAAGGCGGCGUCGCGCUGCUGCCUGAAUCGCUGCUGAAGAUCGCAAAGCGUGAGCUGAGGGAGGACAAGUGCACGAGGGAACAGAGUCUGGAGCAGCUGCGCAACUGGGUGUUGAAGAAUGAGGAUCUUCAGAAUGUUCGGUGUGAUGACACAUUUCUGCUGCGCUUUCUGCGGGCCAAAAAGUUCAGUGUGCCGAUGGCGGAGCAGACGCUGCUGAAGUAUCUGAACAUACGUCGCACAUUUCCGCACAUGGCCACGAAGUUGGACUUUCUGGAGCCGCGUCUCAGCGAUGUGAUUGAACAGGGUUACAUAUUUGCGGUGCCGAAGAGGGAUAAGCAUGGACGUCGGGUGGUGAUCAUCAAUGCCAAAGGUUUGAAUCCAAAGUUACACACAAGCUGCGAUCAGGCGAAGGCACACUUUCUCACCUACGAGUGCCUGAUGGAGGAUCAGGAGACACAGAUCACCGGACUGAGUCAUGUGGGUGACUUUGCGGGCGUCACCACAUCGCAUGUGACCAACUGGAAUCCCACAGAGUUCGCACGCAUCUUCAAAUGGGGCGAACAAUCGCUGCCGAUGCGCCACAAGGAGAUUCACCUGAUCAAUGUGCCCUCGACACUCAAGUGGCUGAUUGACUUUGUGAAGAAUCGCGUCAGCUCGAAGAUGAAAAAUCGCCUCAUCAUCUACGGCAGCGAGAAGGAACUGAUGAAGGGCGUCGAUGCCGAGUGUCUGCCCCAAGAGAUGGGCGGCACCAUGCCCAUGCGUCAGAUGAUCGAGCUGUGGAAACAAGAGUUGGCCGCCAAGCGAGACAUGAUCUUGGCCCUCGACGAGAGCAUAUUGCUCUCGGAUCGUGGCAUUCAACGGCGCAGCAGUUACAACUCGGAGAAGACAAGCACGGGCACCAAUUUCGUCUCACAGAUCGAGUCCAUUGAGGGCAGUUUUCGAAAACUGGAAUUCGAUUAGGCCCCCUCUCAGAAGAAAGAGGGAAACGGGAAUCGUUUAGUUCAUUAAGCUAUUUGUAUUAGGCAUUAUCCUUAACUUGUAACUGGCACAACAAACAACACACAUACUCAGCUCAUACUAUGCUUUGCUGUUUGCUCAUCAGCUUCGCUUUAUCAACGGUGGCACCCCGCUUUAACACACACACACAAACACACACACACUCAUGAAUCCUGUGCUUAUGUUUUGUAAACUAUUUUUCAAUAAAAACAACCAACAAA